AUGCCUAGCUUCAACAGAACCAAAAGCAAGUUGAUCUCAGGAGAUCACAAGGGUGACAAGAAGGCAAAGUCGACUCCUCUUCGACUCACCUUCAUGGAGCAAUCGCAACCAGACGACUAUGUAAUCCGCAGUUUAGACGACCUCUACUCCAAGACCGUCCGUGUCUGGAAGGGCAGUGACUGGAAUGACAAUGUGAUGAACGGUGCCACAGGCGUUUCUUUCGAAUCGUCCCACCACGUGCCAGAGGGAGGUGCCAAAAGUCGGAAGGCUUUCCGGGACGGUAUAUUUGGAUUUUGCCUGGAGUGGGUAUACGUGAAUCAUGAGGGGAAAUCGCAUCGUGUCCGCUGUAUGAAUUCUUUUUCUGUAAAGUCGCCACAGUGUACCGACCAUCCAAAGGCGAUUUUCAAAGACGGUCCGAACAGAGUUUACGAUCUUAUGAAUUGGGGUAAAACGGUCACCUGGGAUAUGAUCAAAGAUGCCAACGCCGAAAAAGUUCCGUUGACAGACACUCAACUCAAGACAAGAGCCUUGGAUGAACUGAAAAAUAUCGAAGCCAGAAUCAGUGAGACCUCCCAGAGCGGCAGUAAUGUCAAAGAACUGGUGAGUAGGUAUUCUGCCUUACAGAAAGCGAUCAGUAACAGAGAGUACUUACUUGGAGACCGGUCAAACGCGAGCGAUGCCAUUUCUCCAAUCCCUGUGUCCGGCGCUAUCUACAGCUCUCGGAAGACUGCCAGCAAUUCAGCGCCAGGUAAUGCAGCCCUCGACGACAAAGCUAAGCGCAAUCCGAAUGAUAAGAAGAACAAGGGGAAGACGAGAUACACCAGAGGCCUUACCCAAAACCUUGAAGGAAUCGAGGAAUAG